UCCUAUAGCAACAACAAACCACUUGCAUCUGCCGCAGGUUUUUGGCGAUCAGCAGCAUCUGGAAGUUAUGAGUGAGGAAUGAGCGAUACGGAUACGGACGACACCGAUCUGUUGUUGCUCAUACCGCCAAACUACUACACAGACACGGCGGAGCGGCUGCUGAGAGAGGUGAAGAUGAGCGCGUUCGCAGCGCAGGAUGCACUCUCCAUGCCCCCGCCUCCAGCUCCAACCAGUGCCGCCUACCAGUUCCUGCAUCCCAGCAAGAAGUCCGAGCUCAACCACAUCAACACCCGAUUGCAGAAUGUUGGCCUGGAUGUAGAAGAUGACCGGCACUAUGAUGCCCUAUCGGAUAUCUCGACAAUAUCCACCAAUACAGUGAGGACUGCAUCGGCGGAGGUAAAACAGGCCAGGGAACUUCACGGCAUGGUGCACUCCACACCAAAGAGUGGCUCCGUAGACGCUCCACGGCAGCGGCACAUGGAUGAUAAUAUUCUGGUGGAGAUCGAUCACUAUUUGGACGAAAAGAACGCGCACCGGUGGCGUCCGGAUUUCCUGCACCACCACAGCGAUAAUCAUUUGAGGAAUGAGAGGAUUACGCAGGAAAGUCAUACAGCAACCAACUCGUUGCCAAGCAUUCGUUUGCCGAGCUCCUCUUCUUGCGGACUGGCUCCGGAACCUGUCAGGUGCACCCGCAACAGUCUGAAUUCAGACCACAAGCUCAUCAGUUUGAGUGAGCUUUGGGGCAAGAAUAGCUCUGGAGCCGGGACUGUCAACGACCAUCACACGCCCAAUCGCCUCCCAUGCUCGCCAUCCCUCAAGGAGGAACAGCUACGCCGUCAGCACUUGGAAAAAACUGUACAUUCUCUCCAGUCACAGCUGCUGGAAUAUCAGCAGCGCAUUUCAGUGGCCAUCGACGUGGAUCGCUCCAAAGAUGCGGCACUAAAAGAGGCUGAACAGUUAGCCAAAAGUCUUAGCUAUGAAGUCCAACAGUUGCGGGAUUCACAGCACCAAUUGGAGGCUGCGAGGGGCGAGUACCAUACCAAAAUUGAUACCCUCCAGAACGAGCUAGCCCAGGCGGUGAAUUUGGCCACCAAGUUCCAAGAGAAGAACGAAAAACUGGAGGGAGAACUGGACCAUCUCAGGCAGGAUGCCAAGGAGUGGGAAAACCGAAUGGAACAAAUGGAGGCGCAGCUUCACGGCAGCAGAAGGUCGGAGGAACUAACUCAUGUGGAACUAAACAAGCUGCGGGACAAAUUCGUCAAAGUGGACCACCAACAGGAGAAGCUAAAGACCCGCAUAGAGGAACUGGAGAAGGAGAGGAAUACCUUAACUAAUCAAAAGGAAAUGCUACAAGAGUACCAUCAAAAACAAAAAUCUCGGGCAGAUUCCUUGGAAAGCCAACGAAAGUCCUUGCAGGAGACAUUGGCCAGUCUUACGGAGACCGAGACUAAUCUAAAAAAAAAGCUUGAAGUUCAGCAAAAAUCCCUCAAGCAGUAUUACCAGCAGCAAAUGGAAAACGUGGUGGCCAAAAAGAUGCAGGAGUUCCAAAACCAACUGGACAGAAACGAAGAGCACCUAAAGUCCGAGGCACGCGAGAGCGAAAGACUGAUAGCCGAGCGGGCUGUUAAGCAGCUGGAAAUGAUAAACGAGAAAAAUAACCAGGAGCUUAGUCUCAUCCAGGAGAAGCACCACGAGGAGGUGGAGCUAUACCGCCUCCAGUUGGCCAAUGCGUCUAAGAAGAUUGACGAGCUGGAACUCAAGCUGAGUUGCUACAAAACCAAGCGUGCUGACAUUGCGGAGAAACUGCACGGGGUGAUGGAGGCCCAGUGGCAGCAGGCCCUAGCCAUUCUGACCUCCCCGCAGAACUCACAAGCCCGUGCUAGCGAUACGGAGGGCGAGUCCCCGGAGCUGAACAACGCCCGUAUAUAUCCCGAUGUUGAGACACCGAAGACCAGUAAGUCGCAGCGCAGCAACAGCACGGAGAAGAACAACCUGGAUGUGGUCGGCAAGCGGGAUCCCGCCUCUCCCAUGGACAAGUUGCAAGCCUAUAUCGAGUUGCUGCUCAGCAAGUCGCCGGGUGAUUUCGACAAGCUGGACGAGAUUUUGGCCUUGACCAGCUCCAAAAAGGGGACACCAGCUAGCAGACCAAAGAGUGAAGGCGGAAGCAGCAAGCCGCCGCCGUGGAAGUGCUGACAGUCGGCGAGAAAGUCGCUCAUAAGGAGUGUACUUAGAAUUAAGAGUAUCCUCACGGAUAUGCCCCCUAGGAAUAAGAAGAAUCGAUUAGAU